AGCCAAAUUUAAAACUUAACGACUCUUUCACUCUUCACUGACCAAUCUCACUUUCGCUGCCGCUCACGCAACCGUACGCUCCUCUCUGGCUCUCUCCCUUGCUUCGCGGAAAUGGAAGAAGAAACUCAGAGCGUGCAGAUCGACGGCGUCCACGAAGGUGGGGACGAGUUUUACGAGAAGAUUGAGGCGCCCAAGUUCGUUGAUUUCACCGAACCCGACCCAUACCGGCCCGACGACCGUUACUGGUUCUGCAUGCGAGUCGGAUGUGAUCAGAAGCAUGAAGAAGAACUAGAUUCAGAAGCGAUUUACAAGAACUUCGUUCUUCGGGUUAUGGCAGCAAGAAGUCCUAAUGUGAAACUUAGAAAAGCACUGGCCAGAAAAGCACCAAGUUUGAAAUGCCCACUGACAGCUCCCGCAAAAUCUUCCAAGCCUAGAGUAGCAAGGCUGGCCCUGAUUUCUUCCUUCUCUCGUAAGACGGUCAAUGCCGAAGAUAAAUCCAGAAAACCUCUUCAUAAGAUCUGUGCAACACCAAAUGUUAAGGCAAAACAACCGUCUGCUGUGUCCAAGGCUCUCACUACUCCAAGGAAUCGGAAGCAGGUCUCAAAUCCAGAUACAUUUCGAAGUGUUAGGAACCCCAAACCAAAGAAUGUUGUGGUGCCAAAGAAUAGGGUGGUAGCCAAAGCUCUGGUCUUUCACUCUCCGAAGAAGCCUGUGAGAACCAAGGCUUCAACGGAGUGGGGUACUCCUAUGGGAAAAAUUUGUUCAGCCAUGAAGAAACUUGAGAUCACUAGCGGGAAGAAACAUGUUUUGGAGUGUAACAAGCCAUUGGCUUUAGAUACUUCAAGAAAACAAUUUAGAGGGCGAGAGGUCAAAAGCCGGGUUUUCAAUUCUUUGCAUUCUAAUAAUUGCAAGGGCCAGGAAGUUAAAUCCAUGAAAAGAAAAAACAUGGAAAAAGACUUGAAACAGUGUUGUGAUCCUGUGCCUCGUGAAGAGGUUGAUGACAAUGAUUCCAGUGACAUGGAAAUUGAUGAAAAAUCAAGGAAAGGUACACUGGAAGGGUUCUCCAUAUCAGGCACUUGUAAGAGUGGUAGACUGAAUGGUAAGAAUCAAGUUGAAAUCCUAUCCGAGACAUCGAAAGGCGAUACUACCUCAUUGUCAAGUUCUGAAGAGAGGGAUUCGGAAGAGAAUUACAAUAAGGAAAGCGCCAAUGAUGGAAACGGUCAUCAAGAGAAAACGAAGUUAAGAUCAGAGAAGAGGAACACCCUUGAACAUGUGGACGACGAUGAUGAUAAAGAAAAUGCUUUGGCCUCUGACAGCAAAGCGAAUGACAAUGAGGUCUUGGAGAGUGAUGAUAAAGAAAAUAAUACCGCUUCUGGUUAUAACAGAGAACUGAAUAUCAAUGAUCAUUCCAAGAGGAUAAAUCUGGGCAAGCAUGAUGCUUCAAAAAACUCACAAGAGGUCAAUCAAGCAGAUAAGAUUCAGAAAGAAAACUCCACAUCUGUUGCCAGCAAUGCUAAAGGGGUGAAGUAUAGGAAACCAAAGCCUACAAAUCCGAAGCCUUUUAGGUUUAGAACCGAUGAAAGAGGGAUGCUUAAGGAUGCGACUUUGGAGAAAACAGUUCAUGCACCGCUGAAGGAGAUCACAUUAGUCAGGAUUCCAAGGGCAAAGUCAACAAGCAAACAUCAGAAAGUGAUACAGAUAACUAAAGAUUGCCUAGGACAAAGUGAACAUGAAAAUGAUACCCAGGGAAGCUGUGAAAAGAGAUUAGACAGAAGGACACGACUUGAAGAAAAUGGAAUGAAAGGAGUUACUUGUUUGAAGACCACAAAAGCAGACUCUGAACGAAAAGCAUCUGUGGUGACUCCGCUAAGACGUAAAGUUUCUACUUAUGGAAAUUCGAGCCCUGAAAGGGCACAAAAAUCAGAUAAAGAAAGGGCGAAAUCACCAAUGGUGCAGCAGAAGUCCGUGAGACGGAGAGGGGUAGAUUCAAGUAGGAAGAGAGCAAUGGUUUCCUCCAAGACACCUUGUCAGCUUAGUGUAAUAAAGGAAACUUCAUCAACAAAGAUAAGACCCAAGAAAGCAGUAGCACCCUGCAGUGCUUCUCCGGCAACCAAAGGUUCUGCUUCUGCCCCUUCCAGAUCAUUGUCAAGGGGACGAAGGCCUACAACCAUUCCGAAAGAGCCACAUUUUCACUAUAUCCACGUACCGAAGACAUGCGCUGGGCUGCACAAGGAAAAUGACUCAUUGGAUGCUCAACAAAAUUAAGCCUUGGGUUGUUGUGUGAUGAAUUGUUGUUUGUUCAAUAACAUCAUUGAAUUGUAUUUGCUUGCUUUGCUUGAAUGUAUUCUGGUUGUGUUAGGGUUUUGGGAAUUGUUUGUUCAUGAGAGGAUUGAAUUGUAUUCAUUUGAAGGGCAGAGGCAAUGUACUUGUCGUCAAUGAAAAAUGAGAGGAUUGAAUUGUAUUUA